GUUUGGUUUGUUUCGGCCACUCGAGCGUUGGUUUAGACUUUCCCGUCCCGAGUUUCGUUUUAACUCGCGAGAUAACUUAUUUAUGACUUACUUUUCAAGUGUAUUUGUGGUGAGAUAACAGUGCAGUGUUUAUCUGUGUGUGUAUCGUGUCGAACACUGUACGGAAUAAACUUUGAAACUUUUUCGAUUUCUUGAACGCAUAUAGACUCUUGUGCUGAGUUCUAAUUCAAGGUUGUGACGUGUAUGGUUCUUCUUGUUCGAAGAUGGCUACUGCCUCAUGAGAAAAGAAAAGCAGUUUUCACUACGUUAAAAAAAGAUGGGCCACGAGCACGUAUGUCGGACGAGGCGGCGUUGCUGUAGGUGAAUAGGAAGCGAGAUGGCGCGGUGGGCGCAGGCCGUGCUGACGGCGCUGGCGCUGUCCGCCGCGCGCGCCUACCUCAUCAUCGUUCCCGACACCGCGCCGCCCGGCCACGUCGUCCUCGACGCGGCCGUCUACAAACUCGGCUCAGAGAGAACCUACACCAUCGACGUACACCGCACCGCUAACUUCGUACACCACAUCCUACGAGUCAACAGAACUUCUGGACUAGUCACUCUUCGUAAGCGACUGAGAUGUGACGGUGUCCUCUACCCUAACCUCUUCACAUUUUACGUCGACUCCACGUCCGAGCGAAUCAGAGACAUCGAUUACUAUAGCUUACCUAUAAGAAUACUUGUAGCUGGUGAAGAUUGUAGCAGGCGACACGCUGACUUGUACGACAUAGAUUUCGAUAGAGUCUACGAUCAAAACGAUUCAGCUUUACAGUACGAAGAUGACAAUGUAAGAGAUAAAAGAGAAGCUAUUUAUCAAGAGAGUAUAGACUGGAGAUUGUUAGAAGAAGAGGAGCUAGACUCUAGUCAAUAUAGUGUGCUGUCCACGGCCUAUCCGUGGUCCAAUGCGAUGUUUGAGGAUUUCGCGUUUAGUAAUAGAAGUAGACUAAAACGAUCUCCAUUAGUUCCCUUCGAUAUGGCCAUAGAUGUUAAGAUAGCUGAAGCGAAACAAUGGAUUUCAGAGACGUACGCCAGUUUUGGGAUACCAACGACGGAUCGAUGGCAAGGAAUUUGUUUAAAGAACUCGCAAUUCGUAAAUUCAUUGACAGCAUUUCUGCCGCGGACAGUUCAAAAACAGUGUAGAGUUCAAUUCUUAGACGUAAGUGAUCCACGUUUUGUCAUCGAGAGUAGUCAGGGCGAUCUCGUAGCGAGCGGUGACGUGUGUAUUCAAGAGCCAAUGUGGAAGGUUUCAGUGCUUUUUACUUUCAACUGUGAACGGACAAAUAUUAUUGAUUCGGACCAUAGAUUGAAGAUAGUGUAUCACCAUCAAGAGCUGAAUGAUACGGAUAUAGCAAGGCGAGUGAAGAGGGAGUUGCGGAAUCAGUCUCCUUAUUUCGAACAAGCUCUUUACGUCGCCUCAGUCGCUGAAGAACAACCACCAGGAGUCGUAGUCACUACUGUAAGAGCCCGUGAUCCAGAAAACAGCCCAGUGACAUACUCAAUAUCGAGUCUCCUGGACUCAAGAUCGGCUGGCAUGUUCGCUGUGGACACCAGGUCUGGAGUGGUGACGACGCAGGCUCGACUGGAUAGAGAGAGACUCGAUGUGCACUACUUCAGGGUGGUGGCUCAGGAUGACACCUUCCCGCCGAGGAGCGGCACUACGACGCUUCAGAUAAACGUGCUAGAUUGCAACGACCACGCGCCUGUAUUCGAGAUGCAACAAUAUGAAGCCUCGGUCAGAGAAGGCGCCAGCACCGGUACCACCGUCCUUACACUAAAGGCUACUGAUCAAGACAUUGGCAAAAAUGCUGAGGUGGAAUACUCAAUAGACUCAGUCAAGGCAGAAUCCCUAAACCCAGAACUAAUAAACGACUCCAUAGACUCAGCAGACCAGAUUGAAGCCAGGGAAGUGUUCAGGGUGGAUAGUAGAAGCGGUGCGUUGCUGACUCGAGCCCCGUUGGACAGGGAGAAAGUGUCUAGGUACACUGUGAUUGUUAAGGCUACGGACCAAGCCAGCCCGUUGUCUGAUCGAAUGUCUAGCAGCGCAACGAUUCACGUAAACAUCUUGGACGACAACGACAACUACCCGCAGUUCAGCGAAAAGACCUACACCGUGAAUGUGGACGAAGAUAUCAGCGUUGCUGACAAUCCUGUCAUCGCUAGGAUAAAGGCAACGGAUGCAGAUGUCGGCCCCAACUCGGCCAUCCGCUACGCAAUCAUCGGCGGCAACACGCAAAUGCAGUUCUCUAUCGACAGCCUGAGUGGAGAUGUGUCUCUUGUUAAACCUCUCGACUACGAGCAAGUACGCAACUACCGACUUGUGAUCAGAGCUCAGGAUGGCGGUAGUCCAUCCCGCUCUAACACGACCCAGGUUCUGAUAAACGUUAAGGAUGUGAACGACAACGCGCCGCGCUUCUAUACCUCACUGUUCCAAGAAUCCGUCAGCGAAAGCGUGCCCGUCGGAUACAGCAUCGUCAGAGUUCAGGCGUAUGAUGCAGAUGAAGGCGUGAACGCAGAACUGACUUACACAUUACAAGACAAAGAGUACAAUGGCAACAACGAUCUACCGAUCACCAUAGAUCCGCGCUCCGGAUGGGUUUACACGUCAAGCCACUUGGAUAGAGAAGUCCAGUCCAAAUAUCAACUUCAGGUGACAGCAACAGACAGUGGCACGCCACCCCGUUCAGCGACAGCGUCAGUAGUUGUGGUGGUUCAAGACGUGAACGACAAUGACCCGGUGUUCGCGCCGCCUCAGUACGACGUAGAGUUGGCAGAGGACGAGCCGCCUGGCACUCCCGUCGUCACCGUCACUGCUACAGACGCUGAUGAGGAUAAUAGAUUACACUACGAAAUCACCGGUGGCAACACCCGUGGCCGUUUCUCCAUAACUUCACAGAAUGGCCGGGGACUCAUAACUGUGGCACAACUGCUAGAUUUCAAGCAAGAAAGAAGAUACGUCCUAACGGUCACUGCUACGGAUUCUGGCGGAAGAUCCGACACAGCUAUGGUUAACAUCAAUAUAACUGAUGCUAAUAACUACGCGCCUGUGUUUGAAAAUGCGCCUUACACUGCUUCGGUGUUUGAAGAUGCUCCAGUCGGCACAACAGUACUUGUAGUAUCAGCGACGGAUAGUGACGUAGGAAUUAAUGCACAGAUAACUUACACGCUCAGUUCAGAAAUCUCCAACGAAGCCGUCGCUCAUCAUGAGCAGGAGUUCCUCAUCAAUCCUCAAACUGGAGCCAUUACGACAAACAAAUUGUUGGAUAGAGAGACUAUGAGUGGAUAUCUGCUUACCGUAACGGCUCGGGACGGCGGUGUUCCAUCUCUCUCUGACACAACUGAUGUGGAAAUAUCCGUAGUGGACGUGAAUGAUAAUGAACCGAUCUUCAAGCAGCAACUCUAUACUGCCAGCAUCAUGGAGGAUGCUUUAGUUGGUACAUCAGUAACCCAAGUGAGCGCAACGGACGCGGACGUGGGGCUCAACGGAAGAGUGCACUAUGAACUGGGAGCCAAGGAUCGGGAAGAGGGGUCGUUUGUCAUCGACACCGCGUCCGGAGUGAUCAGGACCAACAAGGCUUUAGACAGGGAGUCUGUGGCGAUAUAUGAUUUGAAGGCCUUGGCGAUUGAUGGGGGAACACCACCUCAGAGCUCUAGCGUGAUUGUCCACAUAAAAGUGGAGGACAUCAACGACUCCCCGCCAGUGUUCGAGAGCGACUGCCUCACGUUCUACAUCCCGGAGAACAGCCCCAUCGGCACCACGGCCGGCGAGAUCUACGCGCACGAUCCGGACGAGGGCCCUAACGCCGUCGUGCAUUACUCUAUUAAAGGUGGAGACGAUUCCAACAGCUUCUCUCUCGAAACCCGCCAAGGAUCUGACAAAGCAGAACUAAUAACCAUGGUAGACCUGGACUACGAGAGCCCAAGGAAGAAAUACGAGCUCAUCAUCAGAGCCGCAAGCCCUCCUCUGUGGAAUGACGUCAGAGUAGAGAUCCUAGUGACGGAUGUGAAUGACAAUGCGCCCAUGUUGAAGGAUUUCCAGAUUAUUUUCAAUAACUUCAAGGACUGCUUUCCUGUUGGACCCUUUGGCAAGGUCCCGGCGUAUGAUGCUGAUGUUACUGACAAACUACAAUACCGUAUUCUCUCUGGCAACAACGCAAACCUCGUUCUUUUGAACGAGACAACAGGCUCUAUGACUUUGUCACCUCAGUUGAACACCAACGUGCCUAAGCUAGCUACAAUGGAAAUAUCCGUUACAGAUGGUGUAAACGAAGUAAAAGCGAUGAUGCAAUUACUAGUCCGGCUCAUAACAGAAGAGAUACUCUUCAACUCGAUAACCGUCCGCCUCAACGACAUGACAGCCGAGCAGUUCCUGUCGCCUUUACUGGGCUUCUUCAUAGACGGGCUCGCGGCUAUCAUACCCUGCCCUAAGGAGAACAUCUUAAUUUUUAGUGUACAGGAUGACACGGAUGUCACAGGCAACAUCCUUAACGUGUCCUUCUCAGCGAGGAGGCCGGACGCAGAGGUUGGCAUCGGUGGUGACACCUCACAGUACUACUCGCCCGCCCACUUGCGCGAGCGAGUGUACUUGCACCGCGCUACUCUCGCCAGGCUUGCUACUGUACAGGUUCUGCCUUUCGACGACAACAUCUGCGUCCAUGAGCCAUGUCUGAACUACGAGGAGUGCCUCACGGUGCUCAAGUUCGGCAACGCGUCCGGCUUCAUCAACAGCGACACAGUGCUCUUUCGACCUAUCUAUCCCGUCACUACAUUCACCUGCCAAUGCCCUCAGGGAUUCACUGGUUCUCGAGAACACUAUAUGUGCGACACAGAAGUGGAUCUGUGUUAUUCCUCGCCGUGCAAAAACAACGGGACUUGCGUGCGACGGGAAGGGGGAUACACUUGCGUUUGUGGAGCUGGAUUCACGGGCGUAAACUGCGAGACGAUCCUAAUAAAAGCCACAUGUGACAUGAACGGCGACGGCAGCGUGUGCCGCAGCGGGUCCCAAUGCGUUGCUAAGAAGGAAGGGGGGAUCUUAUGUCAGGGGUGUACCAUCGACGCGGCGUAUACAACUGAUAUGUGUGAGCUAAGGGCCCGGAGCUUUCCUACCACUUCUUUCUUGACAUUUCCGGGUCUCAAGAGGAGGCAUCGAUUCCAUUUGAAACUCAAAUUUGCAACUCAGACAACAUCAGGCCUUCUCCUCUACAACGGUCGAUACAACGAGAGACACGACUUCAUAGCUCUGGAAGUGAUCAGUUCAGGAGCUGGCGAGGGCGGAGGGUCGGGGGUUCGAUUCACGUUCGCGCUGGGAGGCGGCAAGACUGAAGUCACCGUGGAGGGAGACGUUGCUGAUGGUGUCUGGCAUACUCUUGAAGUAGAGUACUUUAAUCGGACCGCAACAAUGGUUCUGGACGACUGUGACAAAGCGCUGGCGCUAGCGGGCGCGGCGGAGUUCGGCGUGAAGUACGCGUGCGCGAACUUCACGCGGAAAGUGCUGCCACCGCGAUGCGAUAUUCCCACCGAAACGUGCCAUAGAUUCCUCGACCUAACCGGACCUCUACAAAUUGGCGGACUACCGAACAUCCCGAGCAGUUUCCAAGUGAAGAAUAAAGACUUCGUCGGCUGCAUAUCAGAUCUAUUCAUCGAUCACAAAUUCAUUGAUUUGAACAGUUUCGUGUCGGAUAACGGGACGUUAGCGGGGUGCCCGGAGAAGCGCUCUCAGUGCAGCAGCGCGCCGUGCUACAACGACGGUGAAUGUCUCGAUCUAUGGGACACCUUCCUGUGCAAGUGCAACGAGGGAUACACGGGGAAGGAUUGCGCUGAUUCUACGUCACCCCCGUGGCGCUUCAGCGGCGAUGGCAUGUUGUCGUUCAACCCUCUGCUCCGCCCCAUACAACUGCCAUGGCUCAAUGCCUUAUCCAUACGCACGAGACAACAUGACGCCUUCCUUAUGUCUGUGCAAGUGGGACAGAACAGCAGCGUUCUUAUCACUUUGAAAUCCGGCCUUUUACACUAUUCAUACAAUGGGGAAACAAUGUUCCUCCCAUCCACCACCCUUGCCGAUGGAUCAUGGCAUCGCAUAGAAAUCAAAUGGCUAGGAACCGAUAUAUCUGUGAGCAUAGAUUACGGCCUUCGGAAUGCGUUGUUGCCAAUGUUGGCCAAUAAAAUACAAGGGCAAUAUAUUGGUAAGAUCCUCAUUGGUGGAUUGGAUACUACUGCUGGAUUGUUGGCGUCGGAUGUUGGAUACUUUGAGGGGUGUAUUCAGGAUGUCCGAGUGGGAACUGCUCAGUCGCUACUAAAUCGACCGACCGUCAGAGAAAACGUGAGAGACGGGUGCCAGUCGCGAGCGGACUGUAUGCUGUCGAUUUGUCCACCAUACAGCAAAUGUAUAUCCUCGUGGGAUAACACGGAAUGCGUGUGUGACCCGGGUCGCUUGGGCCCGCAGUGCGUCGCGGCCUGCGACCUCAGCCCGUGCGGCCAACACGCGCUCUGUGUGCCCAAUGACAGCGAUAAGGGGUACUCUUGUAGCUGCUUUGUAGGGUAUAUGAUGACUGGGCAAGGAUGUAUAGAAGAGGACAUGCAGGAAUGCCCCAGUGGGUGGUGGGGCUCGCGGCGCGGCGCGUGCGGGCCGUGCGCGUGCGACGCGCGCGGCCUACAUCCUCAUUGUGAUACUGGCACUGGACAAUGUCGAUGCAAGGAAAACCAUUACAAGCCUUUAGGGUCAGAGCAGUGUAUCCCCUGUCAGUGUUACGCGGCCGGUUCGCUCAACGGAUCGUGUGAAACUCUUUCUGGACAGUGCUACUGUCGCAGUGGAGUCAUUGGUCGAGCUUGUGACUCCUGUGCUAACCUCUAUGCUGAGGUCACGCCUAGUGCGGGAUGCAAAGUUGUUUAUGAUGGAUGCCCUCGAUCAUUUUCUCACGGUGUUUGGUGGCCACAGACGAAGUUUGGAGUCGAAGCUAUCACGGAUUGCCCAACAGGGUCGAGUGGUAAAGCGACUCGUAUGUGCGAUAAAACUCAAGUGAUACCAUGGCAGGAACCAAAUAUGUUUAAUUGUACAACAUCUACAUUCUACCAAUUAAGGAAACAGCUGCAUAAAAUAGAAACCGGCGAGUUGCAAGUGAACACGUUCGUCGGUGUUCGCUUGGCGGAGGACUUAGCGAGCGCGAGCGCGAACACGCCGCGUCUGUUCGGCGCCGACGUGUUGGUCGCGGAGGGGAUACUGCUGGAGCUGCUGCAGUACGAGCUGCGGCAAGCGGGCUUGAACCUCACGCAUAGCCAGGAUAAGGACUAUGUUCGCAAUAUAAUAAAAUCCGCUAACACGAUACUGAACAUAAAAUACGACAAGGAAUGGCGUCGCAUACGAGAGCUGACAGGCCGUGGCGUGGAACAUUUGUUGCAACAAUUUGACAAAUACAUCGCAGUUCUCGCUGAAAGCCAGCACGAUACCUACACUAGCCCCUUUGAGAUCGUCACUUCGGAUUUGGUGAUCGGCGUGGACAUAGUAACAGCAGAAUCUAUCUACGGCUUUGAACCAACAACGCUCAACCGUUAUGGAGACUCGUACACAACUGAACGAGUCGUUCUACCGGACACAUCCGCUUUCAUACAUUCUCCCAUACAGACUCCAGGCUAUUACGGCAUUGGAAAAGCGAAGAACAAAAAACCCUCCAGUCCGACCGUCUCCUUUCCAAAGUACAACAAUUAUGUGAGGAGUAAGAACAAAUUUGAUAAAUUCUCAAGGGUUCUGCUUCCGUUGGAUUUGAUUGGGAUCAAUAAUGCCCAAGAAAACUUAGAAACAAACUACGAAUCUCGAGCAGUAUUCUCCUACUUACAAUAUUCGAGAAACACCUCACAACUCAUGCCUUUACGUAUGGACGAGUCGGUCAGUCGGCGCUGGGGAGUCAAUAUUACUAUAGGAUCGCCGAUACUGCAAGUGGCGUUAUUUGUACCGGAGUAUGUAUGGGUUAGAGAGACGAAGGAGACUGACGAAAGUGGUGUUGAUAACAAUAUGGAGGAUUUCGAAGGCCUCACAUACAAUAACAAAGGUCAUCCUCACCCAAACAAUAUUGACAACCACAUAGCCCCCAGUACACAUUCAAAACACGACCCAUGGCCUCAAACAGAUGAAAACUCAAACCACGAUAACCACGGACCAGUAGUUAUACAACCAGCGUAUAAGAAAUCAGAGAAAUCGUACAACGAAAACUUCCAAGAAAAUGAUUCAUCUUAUGUAGAAGAAAGAUUGGAAAACUCUGAGGGUCCGAAAGUUUUAGCCCUAAUUAUGGAUAACGAAAAAAAUAAAGAAGCUAACUCCACCAAAGAGGUGGGGAAGAAAAAGUUGGUAUAUAAAAGUUUGAAUGGAGUACGUUUGAAGAAGCCAAUAAGAUUGCAAUUGUGGUUGGAUAUCAAUAGAGAUACUUUCGGUUCAAGAACGAACCCGCAAUGUGUGCAUUGGUCUACUUUGAGAGGGUCUGGAGAAUGGUCCCGUGUUGGCUGCCACACGGAAAUAGACUACGAUUGGUCUCCGUACUCCGAUGAGCCAUUACUGAUAAACUGCACUUGCAAUCACCUUUCCACCUUCGCUGUUUUAGUUGAUGAAGUUGAUAUUGAGUUCAUACCAGAGCCAUCUCUCCUAGAGUCGGUAACAUCAUACACUGGCUUCAGCAUAUCUCUACCACUGCUGCUGUGGACUUGGACAGCUCUUUGCCUUAUGCGCGGUGGAGCGGCGACCGUAUCCAAUUCCAUCCACAAGCAUCUGAUAUUCUGCGUGUUUAUGGCCGAACUGUUGUACUUGAUCGCUUUGAAAGCGCGCAGUUCUUUAGUUCAGAAUGAGUUCGCGUGCAAAGUGGUGGCAAUGGGCCUGCACUACUGGUGGGUGUGCGCGCUGGCGUGGGCCGCGUGCGACGCGUGGCAGCUGCGGCGCCUGGUGCGCGAGCUGCGCGACGUGAACCACGGGCCGCUCGCCGCGCAGCUCGCCGCCGCGUACGCCGCGCCCGCGGUCGCGCUCGCGCUUGCGGCCGCGCAGCAUCAGCACCAGUACGGAAACGCGUUGUUCUGCUGGGUGAGCUGCCACGAGGCGGUGGUGUGGUGGGUGGUGAUCCCCGCAGGAGUGUACGCGCUGGCCGCGCUGAUCUUCCUGGCGGGCGCCACUCGCGCCGCCUUCACUGUUCGGGACCACGUUAUUGGAUUUGGGAAUUUAAGGAUGCUUCUAGCAGUCAGUAUAGUUUGCCUGCCGUUGCUUUGCGUGGCGUGGGCGAGCGGGCUGAUACUCGGCAGCGAGGCGGGCGAUCGGAGGAACGUGCUCAGUUCGGUGCUGGCCGGAGCGGUCGCCUUGCACGCUGCGGCGGCUUCACUGGGAUACAUCGCUUUUAACAUACGAGUGCGGGAUAACUUGAAGAGGACAAUUUUGCGAUGUAUGGGGAAGAAGGUGCCACUUGCUGACACGUCCGUCAUUAUAAGCACGAGUGCUCAAAAUCUGUCGCAAGUGAACAGAUCAGCGCUAGCCUACCACAGCAGUACCGAGCCUGGCCGACAACUCCGCAACAUCGGGAUAUCGGCCUCUUCAACCACUUCAAGAUCCACUACCAAAACCAGCUCUAGUCCGUACAGCCGCAGCGAUGGCCAGCUGCGUCACACGAGCACGUCGACGUCCAACUAUAACACCAGUGCCAGUGACAUGCCCGCCUAUCUGAGAGGAUUUGACUCCUCACUGCAUACGAGGAAAGAGGACGAAGGUCGUCUCCGACGUAAAAAUCGAGGCGACAACGAAGAAGCUACAGAAGGUACUGAAGGAACCGAGGGAACUGAUAGUGAGAGUGAGGCGUCCGCGCGCAGCCUCGACCUCGCCUCCAGCCACUCCUCCGACGACGACGACACCACGUCGCGCCGCUCUAGCCAUCCGCCUUCCGCACAUCGAGACCGAGGUACAAGCGGUACGGGAGGAAGCUAUCUCCCGAACAUUACCGAAGGAGCGCCGUUAGCUAUCACGCCGAGAUGGCCUUCUCAUAUUAGAGACGAAUCAAACCGACCAGAUAUGGGAAGAUGGUCCCAAGAAACUGGUUCUGAGGAUGGAGGUAACCCUGGACCCGCGACGCCGUCUCCAAACCCUCUGCCCAACCCGGAUCUGACGUCGGAUGUGUACCAACUGAGCAGACAUCGACUGAAACCCUCUAUACUAGAAAAUGUUCAUGAUACAUACGUCGCGAGCGUUGAUGCGUCGAGGUUGCCUCUUGAUAACAGAUACGGCGUAAUGGAAGACGAACUAAUGUAUGGGGUGAUGCCGAACGACGCAGAGAAGCAAAUGCCAUACGAUCCCAACUACCCAAUCUCCCCUACAAUGUACCGACUACCCUCAAACCCUUACGGCUCCAAAACUUAUUUGUCAUCCCGUACUUCGGACUAUGGGUACAGUCCCACGAAAUAUUUGAACACGGAGUCCAGUGUGUAUGGCUCCAGGGAUUUUCGGGAUUCGAGUGUUACAACAAGGGAGCACGACGGAUACCCUCCGCGGGACUUCCGCGACUCCGGCAUAGCGACGAUGUUGAAGAACGACUAUCAGAGGAAGAUGGAGCAGUACGAGUACAGCGACCGCAUGUCGGACGGCUCGGAUAAACACCAUCCGCACGACAAAUAUCUGUUCCCUUAUACAGCGGAGGAAGACCACGUAAGCGCGCGCGGCGCGCAGUCGCCGCAUCGUCUUAACAGCGAAUUGCACGCAGGCGAAGGUCAACAGCAAAUGGGGGCGCCACUAGCGAGCAUGGGGGAGACUAGCGAGAAAUCUACUACUGAAGACGACGCUGAGACGAGAGUGUAACAAGACCACAUAGUACAAGGUUUCCAAUGAAUCUCAAUUAGUUAAUUUAUUUAUUUAAUUCUUUUGUAAAGUAUAUCAAUACUCAUUUAUGUUAAUAAU